AUGCCAUACACGACCUUUGAGAUCCCAGAGAAAUAUACGUACCAGACUGGUUUCCUGGCCAAUGUGGAAACGGAGGCCAUCUUGGGAGCACUGCCCAUCGGCCAAAACUCACCGCAGAAAUGCCCCUACGGCCUGUAUGCAGAGAAGAUCUCCGGCACUGCAUUCACGGCGCCCCGGUGGGAAAACCAGCAGACAUGGGUGUAUCGCAUCAUCCCCUCGGCGUCUCAUGCGACGUUUGCGCCUGUGUCUACGGACCAAAGUCUGGAGACCAGGUUCAAUUACAUUCCUGACCAACUUCGAUGGGAUCCCUUUGACGUCAACGCCGACGUGGACUGGAUUCGCGGGCUGAACAUGGUUGCUGGGGCCGGAGAUCCUGCCUUGAAAAACGGCGUCGCAUAUUAUAUCUAUGGUGCCACCCGGUCGAUGGCCGACAAAACUGCUUUCUAUGAUGCGGACGGCGACAUGCUGAUCGUGCCGCAACAAGGGGCGCUCGACAUCCAGACCGAGAUGGGCCGGCUGCUUGUCCGACCGAACGAAAUCUGUGUCUUACCCCGUGGGAUCAGAUACCGCGUGGAUCUAGUGGAUGAGCAGCCGAUCAGGGGAUAUGCUCUCGAGAUCUAUAAUGGCCACUUUCAGCUUCCCGAGCUGGGACCUAUAGGAUCCAAUUGUUUGGCCAACGCCCGAGAUUUUCAAAUCCCCGUCGCCGCGUACAGCCACGACACCAAGUCGGACUGGCUGGUAUACAACAAAUUCCGGGGCCAACUCUUCCGGGCGAGCCAAACUCAUACACCAUUUGACGUGGUUGCGUGGGAAGGGAGAUACUACCCUUACAAAUACGAUCUGGGUCGAUUCAACACCAUCGGCACCAUCUCAUACGAUCACCCAGACCCGUCUUUAAACACUGUGCUCACCGCCACCUCCAAUGCACAUCCCGGCACCGCUAUUGCGGACUUUGUCAUUUUCCCGCCGCGUUGGCUCGUCGCCGAAGAUACGUUCCGGCCCCCAUCGUACCAUCGGAAUUGCAUGAGCGAGUUCAUGGGCCUGAUACACGGAUCUUAUAUCGCCAAGGAGGGUGGGAAAGGAGGCUUCCAAGCAGCCGGGGCCAGCCUCCACAAUUGCAUGAGCAGCCAUGGCCCGGACAGGGCGGCCUUCGACAAAGCCUCGAACGAGGAGCUGGUGCCUGUCAAAGUUGGGAUAGGAAGUAUGGCUUUCAUGUUCGAGAGCUGUUAUAUGGUUGGGAUCACGGACUGGGGGUUGACCAAGUGCGCCAAACGACAGCCCGAUUAUUCCGAGGAGAGCUGGGGAGGAUUGCAGGAUCAAUUCUGUCCGCCGCCUGAGCACCGCUGA